GUUAGGGGCAUUAAUCAUUGAGCGCAAAAAGCAGGAGAAGAGGAAUUAGCAAAUUGAAAACAAAAUGGAUAGUUUAUUGUUUUACCAAUGCGAAUAAGGAAAACAUCUGAAAAUUAGACAAAAGAAUAUCUAUUUAGCAUCAUGGCUCAAGCGAACUCCAUGAAACAAAUGGGUUCCCGUGUGGUGGGUGGCGCUGUUGAACGCAUGGAAUGGAGCAACAAAAUGGAUUUGAUAGCUUAUGGCACCGACAGAGGUGAAGUCAUUAUACAGCGCUUAAACUGGCAAAAGAUAGUGACAUUUCCAUCACUGGGCGAGGACAUUGCGGUACGCUCACUUGGCUGGCAAUUAGAUGAAACGGUUUUAGCUGCCGGUUAUAGUGAUGGACGAGUGACGUUGUUGGAUGCCGAGCGUGAAGAUCAAAUAUCAAUGCUGCAUUUUGAGGAGGACAUCAAACGAGUUUACUUUAGUAAAGCUAUAAAAACCUCGGACUAUCGCAGCACUUAUCGUAAUCGAACAGAGCACACUUUCGAUUUCUUUCUACCACCUUUACCACCGCUAAGCGGCAUAGGCUCCUUACCCAAAUCACCAGAAGAGCAAAGGUCUUUUGCUAAGGGUUCCCCAUGCUUCUUAGUAGUCAUUACCCUAACUGGCAAAGUGCAUUUGUUGCUGCUCGGUGCGCUGCGGUCCGGUCAAAUAGACUUAAAGCAGCAUGUUGUCCAUCCACAAGAGUUCACAGUACAUGAUGUUCGCUUGAGUGGUAACUUUAAUGCUAUCUACGCCUUGGUGUCCGAUGGAAACGAGCUCAAGGUAUUGCAUUUUCAUAAUAAAGUACUGCAGGAGUACAUAUCACCGAUGCUACAUUUGGCAGUGCACUGCGCCAACGUGCUGGAAACUAAAAACUAUAUCAAUGAAACCAUUCAAUGCAUAAUGGAAGCUUGGGAAACGGUGCUUUUGGAAAUGGACAAUAAAUUAACAAAAUAUGCCCACCAGCAACCAGAAGGUUCGAUUUCGGCUGAUUUUUUGGAGCUUCUUGUAUUUGGAUAUGCCACACAUGAAAUUGAGAAUUUCCUUCGAGAUGAUUUAACUGAGAAAGGUCUUAAAAAAUUAGCCAAUUCAAUAGAUUUGAGUUAUUCGACUGUAGAGAGUCUUGUGACUAAACAGCUACAGAGCAGCGGUGUAAACAUGUUCUAUUUUCUGAACUCGCUGAAAGGUUUGAGUCGCAUUAGCUACUUCUUUGAGCCGCUUCUUUCAUGCGAUGCUACACAAGCGGCACUUCGUGAAUGUGGCUCAUUCCUGAUGAAAGUGCUGGAAAUGCAGCAAGUCAUUGAUCAGUGUGUCAAUGACAUGAAACUGUUUUUCUCAUGGCUCUGCAUUGUAAUUUUGCGUCUCCAUCAGCAUGAUAUACCCGAAGAAAUGACGCAAAUUACACCGGAAGAUACUAUUUAUUUGGCAGAAUAUUUGAACAGUUUUGAGGACAGUGUUGUGGAGAAUGAGGACGGUACCGUAACAAAGCGCAAAUUUAAUUUGGAAAAAGUUGGUCAGUAUUUGGAAAACCGCAAUUUACAACAGAUCGUCAAGUCGGAUCCGCAUCAUUUGUGGCAUCGUCUACUCGAUGAAAAUGAGUGUUUACGGAAUUGCUCUUUACUCUUUCCACACGAAAAAGAAAGUUCGCUUAUACAACAGCGCGACAAACUGCUGGAAGCAGUCGAGAAUGUAUUCAAGCGCCCCAAUGAAAGUAUUAGUGCUGGUUUUGUGCAGGAUGCGAGCAUCACUUGUGCGUUACUACCGACCACUUCGGAGAAUGGCGUUACCAUCCAUAGUUCAUUUUUCGUGAAUGACGAAGCACAUACAGAUCUCUUGGUUACAACGAUAAGCUAUCACGAACUUUUGUUGAUGGAAUUCAAUAAGAAUUUUUCCCUGCUAAAGUGCACCCGGCUCGAUUUACUAUCUGGCCCAUUUACAAGCGAUAUCCUGCGUGACAAUGUAUUUGAUACGUUGAGAUUUGUGGAUUUAGGUUUUUACAAUGAGAGUAUAUUGUCGCUCUUAUUAAAAAGUAACGCGCAAAAGGAUGAUAAGCAAAGCUAUUUCUUGCAACUUGCAUUAGAAGCGACAAAAGGCAAGCAAACACAGCAUAUAAUGCCAACCAAUAUUAACUUGAUGGAUGUGGCUUUUGCAUGUCAUGUGCCUGAUCUAAUGGAGAGUAACUGUUUGAAGCCACUUGAAGGCGAGUGCACACAUUUGGCCGUAUCGGGUAGUAGGAAGGUGGUUACUGUGCUCUCGGAUCAAUGCCGCAAGAUGACCAUUUUUGAAAUGGAAAUCGAAGAUGAUGAGGAUGAGACUGAAAUGUCGCAAAAUUCGCUUUUAGAAAUAAGUAAAGAAUCUGUUACAUCAUCAAAUGAAUAAAACUAAAUGGAAUAUGCGCGCCUAUUUUCUAUAUGUAUUUAAA